AUGGCUGUGAGCUGUAAUUCAAAAAUCAGUAAACAUCAGAAAAAUGAUAUUGGAGAAAUGGUUUGUGUAAGUAAUAAAGAUGGAAAGGCCUUGAGUCAGAACUCUAACUUCAUUACUCAUCAGCAAAUUCCCAACAGAAAGGAAUCUGAUGAGUAUAACAAGUGGGAAGCUCAGAGAAUCCAAACUGGAGAGAAACUUAAUGAGUGUCAUCUGUGUGGAAAAGCUUUCAGAAGGAGCUCCAAUUGUCGUAAACAUCAGAGAAUCCAUACUGGAGAAAAACCUUACAAAUGUAAUCAGUGUGGAAAAGCCUUCACACAGAGAUACAGUCUUACUGCACAUCAGAGAAUCCACAGUGGAGAGAGACCUUAUGUAUGUAAUCAGUGUGGAAAGGCUUUCAGACUUAGCGGCUGUCUUGCUGCACAUCAGAAAACCCACACUGGAGAGAAACCUUAUGUGUGUAAUCAGUGUGGAAAGGUUUUCACACACAGGUGCAAUCUUACUAAACAUCAGAGAAUCCAUACUGGAGAGAAGCCUUAUGAAUGUAAUCAGUGUGGAAAGGCUUUCACUCAGUACUCCACUCUUGCUGCACAUCAGAAAAUCCACACUAGGGAGAAGCCUUAUGGAUGUAAUCAGUGUGGAAAGGCUUUCACACACAGGGCUGAUCUUACUACACAUCAGAGAGUCCACACUGGAGAGAAACCCUAUGAAUGUAACGAAUGUGGAAAGGCUUUCGGACAUAGCUCCCAUUUAUCUAGACAUCAGAAACUCCAUGGCCAAGAGAAGUCUUAUGGAUAUAAUCAAUGACGAAAGGCUUUCACACAGAACUCCAAUCUUGCUAAACAUCAGAAACUCCAUGGUUGAGAGAAGCCUUAUGGAUAUAAUCAAUAUGGAAAGGCUUUCAAACUCACUUCCAUCCUUGCUUUACAUCAGAUAAUUCACACUGGGGAGAAACUCUAGGAACUUCAUUCCUCAUAUGUGGGAGCAGGAUAUAGUUACUGUGUUCAUGUGUCAAUACCCCUUAGCAGUAUUAGUUCAAAUGCAUCAAGUAUUCAUUAACUUUUCCUUGCUUUCAAUAUUCAACAACUUUCAGUGCCAAAAUUCAGAGCAUGCACAUGUGUUCUCAAGUAUAUCCAAAUAAGUUUUGGAUAGGUUUUAAAAUUCCAGACUUGGUCUGCUCUGUGGGUGGGCUUGAUGAAGGGGGGUACAUUUGGUGGGCUUCAAAGGAGAGCUUGCCAAUAGCAAUUAAAAAUCUUCAAUUCACUGAAUAAGCAGAAGGGAACAACAAGCACAGGAAAUGAUGGAGAGGAAAACUAGUGGAAUAUUGGAUAAGGAGGACAAUCAGCACAAACAGUACAUUCUGGAGUCUUACAUGAAUACAGUGAGCACUCGUGUACACCCAGUGAAUACCUGGUUCAAAAAUGUAACUUUCCUAUGUGCUAAUUAUUAAAAUAAUAUAAUUUGAUUAUUUUCUAAAUGAUGGCAGGUUAUUCUUAUCACUCAUUAUUUAAAGUUUAACCCAUAAGUUUCCUUACUUUGGUUAGCAGAGGUCCUAGUGCCUUAGAUUGCAGCCUUACAGAGUCACUGAACACGGUCAGCAGGGCUGGGGAAAUCUGUUCACAGGUUAAGUCAGAAGUCCAAAGGAACCUCACAGACAAAAGAUUUCU